AUUAAUUUGUUGAGAAUAUUAAAAAGCAAUACACACUACAAAUAUUAAUCAGUUCUGUUCUAUAGCCCAAUUCCUGGUGAAGAUAUUUUCUUUGUUCUCUGUCAAAAUCCUAUCCGACCGAAGACCAUGGCCCUGCAACUAUGGGAGACCCUCAAAGAAUCGAUCGUCACAUACACUGGCCUCUCCCCAGCAACUUUCUUUACAGUGGUUGCGCUGGGUCUUGCCGUUUAUUACUUGGUCUCGGGAUUAUUUGGGUCGUCUGAUCAGGGUCAUCACCCCAGGCCUAGGGAGUUUGAGGAGCAGGUGGAGCCUUUGCCCCCUCCAGUUCAGCUGGGAGAGGUCACCGAGGAGGUGUUGAAGCAGUAUGAUGGGGCUGAUCCCAAGAAGCCUUUGCUCAUGGCAAUCAAGGGUCAGAUCUAUGAUGUCUCUCAGAGCAGGGUUUUCUAUGGACCUGGUGGACCUUAUCAUCUUUUUGCAGGAAAGGAUGCUAGUAAAGCCCUUGCAAAGAUGUCUUUUGAUGAAAAGGAUCUCACUGGUGAUAUCUCUGACCUUGGUGUAUUUGAGCUCGAGGCCUUGCAAGAUUGGGAGUACAAGUUCAUGAGCAAGUACGUGAAAGUAGGAACUGUGAAGAAGACCGUGCCUGUGAGUGAUGACGUAGCGAAUGGUGAAGCUGCAGAAAGUACCAGUGAGGCUACAACUGAUGAUAAGAAGCCUGCAGAAGCUUCUGAUCGUGAUGUUGCAGAGGCCACAGAGGGACGUCCAUCAGAAAGUGCUGCUGCAGAAGCUGUUGAAAGCAAAACUGAUGGUGAUGCUGACAAAAAAGAGUAAGUGCGGCGGCGCAUUACCGAGGCCUGAAUGGGCAGCUAAGGGAUUCCAGUUUCUAUAAAUGUGUAGAAGAAGAGGUUUACAUGUUGUAUCAACUUGUUAUCCUGUUUUGCAAACAUUUCCUAGUAGGAUGCUCCUUACAUUCAAACCUGGAUGUCUAGUUUGUUGUAUUAAGAUAAUAAUCAGGCAGAAUACACCUGAAUCCUGAGUUGCCCAUUUUGAACUUACAUAUCUUUGCUUGUUCAGCUCACUUUGGAUAUGUUGGAAGUUGAAAUUCA